CCCGCCCGCCUCAGGGGAGGGACCCGUCAGGAGGCCUGGAUUUUGGAUUACUUUGGAGGAAGGAGGAUCACAUCUGAGACCGGAGCAUUAACUCUGCGCUGGACCCGUGCCAGAACUUUCCAGUUCACCACAAGAUACCAGCAAUAUGCCCGUCAUAAAGUACCCGAGGCUUAGAGACCCUCUCUUCUAUGAAUGGGACAGGAAAGCCCAGAAAUGUGGAUUAAGACACACAGUUUAUGCUGUAAAUGGGGAUCAGUAUACUGGAGAAUGGCUGGACAACUUGAGACAUGGCAAAGGCACCCAGAUUUGGAAGAGCACAGGAGCAAUUUACAGCGGCGACUGGAAGUUUGGGAAGAGGGACGGUUAUGGCGCAUACAGCAUUCUUGACCCAGAGACCAAGGAAUACAAGAGGGUGUACACAGGCUGGUGGGAAAAUGACAGAAGAUGUGGCCGGGGGACGUUCUUUUACCCCAACGGGGAGCUCUACGAGGGCGAGUGGAGCAACGGCGUGCGGAGCGGCUGGGGAAAGAUGCACUACAAGGACGGCUCCACCUACGAGGGGCAGUGGCUGAUGGAUCAGCCCAACGGGCCGGGCCUGCUGCAGCUCCCAAAUGGAAAUCGGUACGAUGGAGGUUGGAAAGAUGGCAAGAAGCAUGGCCCAGGGAAAUUCUUCUACCCAGAUAAGGGACAGCUGCUAGAAGGCAUCUGGGUAGCAGAUAUACCAAAGUGUGGAGUUCUGGUUGAAUUUGGCAGAGAAGAGGCUCCAGCCCCUCCUGAGCUUCCACUCCCAGAGAUUAAACUACAAGAUCCAGCUGGUGUUUUAGCAGAGGCCCGGGCAAUGUUUGAUGACAGCCAUAAUGAAUAACCAGAUGCUGAAGAAAAAAAAAAGAAAAAUUCAAGAACACGAUCCUGGGUUAUUUAUUCCUUGGAGUGUCAAACCCACCCCGCGGUUUUGGUGUUGCAGUCUCAGCCUCACCCUUCCCUCAAGGCUGCUCAGGUACACUUCCCUCUGCAGGUGGCUUUGCUCAGUAGCCUCCUCCCACCACCGUUAGUUUGGAAAAGAAAGGGAAAAAAAUUAAUGGGGAAAACCCAAAAGACAAGCACCAAAAGGAUGGAAGAGAGGCAGAGUGACUCUUUGCUCAGCUCCUCUUAUUCCUCCUGCUAAGAAAUCACACUCCUGGUGGUUUCAAGGCCUUUGUUUUA